UCAUCGACGGUAAGUAAGGGAGGGAAAGAAGGGGGGUAACUGUAGAGUGAUGGGACCCGGCUGAGGAAACAGCAGCGAGCGAUCACUCUCCGAGCUGGUGAUGAAAGACGGGUGUGAAGGAUGACUUCGUGCUCAGAGAUCUGUGGGUCGGAAUACAGCGAGCAGGCUCAAUCCGGCGGAAACAGCCAACAGUACGGAGUCCGCUCCUACCUCCACCAGUUCUAUGAGGAGUGCACAGGUUCUAUCUGGGAACGUGAUGAAGAUUUUCAGAUUCAGAGAUCGCCAAGCAGGUGGAGCUCUUUACUCUGGAAGGUCUGUCUGACGUUCGGAACGCUGAUCCUGGUUACAGGCCUUAUUGUUGUUUUGGUGGGUUACGCAACACCAACUAUGACUGAAGCAUUUGGUGAAGAUGAUCUCCUCUUUGUUGACAGCUACGCUGUCAGUUUCAACCGUGCACUGGACAUCUGCAAACUGACUGGUGCGGUGCUGUUCUGUGUGGGCGGCACCUCCAUGGCUGUGGGUCUUCUGCUGUCUGCCUUUGCCAAGAGCUACUCCAAAGACGAACUGUACCUGCAGCACAAGUUUAAGGAGCGUUUAGCAGAUCUCCACGCAACAGUUGGUUCAUCAAUAAUGCGAGCACCAACUCCUGGGGAGGGAAAGGUGCCUGUAACGCUCUCCAAAGUUCAGAACAUACAACCCGUGGCCACGAAAGCAGAGACCUGAUCGGCGCCCCGAUAAAGAAAGACACAAAGUGAAAUAGGAUUGAACUGUGUGUAGAAUGUGUAUAAUUGAGGGCACACGUGAGUGUUCAUCUUAACGAGCAGUUUAUCUUUAAAAAAAAAAGAAGAAAAAAAAGGCCAGCUUAAGUGGCUGCUGGGUCUUUUCUUUUUGGUUGUCGUUUUUGAUAGCUUCAUUUUUUACAGUUAACACAACUGUUAACCGUCUGAUGUUGUCAUUCGAACCAUAGCGAUAAAAACUCACUGAGCGGUGACAACGCCAUGCAGGAAAAGCAUCUGAGGAGGAAAUUAAAAAGCAGCAUCCAGUCAAGAAGAACAUAGCAUUGUUUUUGACGGCGAUAAACAUCUUUGGAAGUGACAGAGGAUGUUAAUGAGAAAGAGGAGCUGAACGGAGCAGCUCAGUUGUUCCAACGCUCAACUUGAAAAAGCUCAAAUUGAUUUUUAACAUGGUCAUUAGUGCGACGCUACAUUAGAUCACGAGUGCUACUUUUUUGGUUCUAUUUGUCAACAAGCCAGAGAUGUAAUAUUUUAGACCGCCAGAGAAAAAGUGCAAAUAUUUUAUUUUUUGGCAAAAAGGCACAAUUAAAUAGAAUUCACAAGCAGGACACUGACAUUUUCUUCUGGCUUGUUACUCCUCUAACCUAAUUUCUUCAAUAAACCUUCAGACGGGAUCAAUAGACUGAGCUUGGAUGCACAGAAACAAUCUAUAUCACACAAAAAGAAAACGCACUGAACAAAGUGGUUUGACAAAAAAAAAAAAAAA